AUGCCAUUAUUUUCCUUCGAUAUGUCUAAUAAUGAAGAUCAUCCAGAAAAUUUAUCAAGUUCAAGUGAUGAAGAUGAUACAACAUCAAGUUCAUCGAGUACAUCAAGUGAUGACGAUGAAGAUGAUGAACAAAUCGAUGAAGAAUCCGAUGAUAAUCUUUCAUCUUUAACUCCAAAGCAAGCAUAUUUAUCACUUGAAACUAAACGUAAAACACUUGGUAAACGUUUAUUAGAAUUACGUGAUGAACUUAAAGCUCAGCCACAAGCUGAUAUUGAUAAAAAAAAACGUUUAUUAACUGAAAUAAAAAAUUUACGUGAAAAAUGGAUUGCUGUACAAACACGUUUAACAAAUCUUAAAGCACGAUUAAGUCAUAGUCCAACACCAGAACGUGAAAUUAUUCAAAAGAAACCAGUUAAAAAAAUUGAAGAAAUUACUCAACCAGAAACUCGAAUUAUUCCACCACCACGUAUACGAACAACAUCGUAUAGUUCAUCUAGUCGAUCAAGAUCAUCAUCAAGAGAUUCAUUACAAUCAAAUGAAAAAGCAUAUCAUGAUUUAGAUGCAUUAGAUGAUAAUAAUGAUACAAAAACUCGAGAUUUACUUUCAUCUCGACCCACAACUUCUUAUCGUGAUCUUACCGAGGAUCUUUCAUUUUCAUCAUCACCAUCCCUCUCACCACCACCAUCAUCAUCACUAUUAUUAUCAGCAUCAUCAUUUUCAAAUCAAAUACCUUUAUCGAAUCUUUCUCUUGAUGAAUCAAAAAUUCUCGAUGAAAAUCUUGACGAACAAGAAAAUAAUAUAAUUAAUCCAAAAGAAACAUUUUAUAAUCAACAUAUUCCAUAUCCAGUUAUUAAUGAUAAACGUGAACUUGAAGUUGUUAAUCGUCAAUUAAAAAACCAAUUACGUCAAUUAGAAGCAAGUAAAAGUAAUCCAUUAUAUGAUCAACAAGCAAAUUUAAUGAAUUAUGAACGUUUAAAAAAACAAAAUGAAUAUAUUAAUUUACGAAUUCGUAUUGAAAAAUUAAAACGAAUGAAAACAAAAACACAACGAGAAAAAGAACAAAAUAAAAAACAAUUUCAUAUAUUAUUACAAGAAUUUCGUAAACUUCAACGAUUUAUGCGAUCAGCUAAUAGAGAAUAUGCUAAUAAUACAUUUCUUACUGAUCAAUCAGAAAUUCCUCCAUCAUCAAUACCACUUCCACCAUCACCUGAAAUGAAACGACACGAAGAAAAUCAAUUACCACCAUUCGAUUUAAAUAAAGUUACUGGAAAAAAAAUUCUUUUUGAAUCAUCUGAUUCUGAUGAUGAAGAAGAAGAAACAACAUCGGAACCGCAAGUACCUGUUUCACUCUCGGCUAGUGAACCACGAGCUGUACCAGAUGGUUUUAAUCCAAUCGAACCACCACCAUUACCAAUGCCAUCAAGUUCUUCAUCAUCAGCUACUCUUGAUGCAAUUAAAACUCGUUUUGCUAAUUUAAUUAAUGCACCAAGUUCUUCUUCAUCUCAAAUUAAGGAAACAAUUUCUACUACAGAUGUUGCUACUGGUGCUACUACUACCGCGGUCGAUAAUGAUGAUGAUGACGAUGAUGAUGAUGAUGAUGAAAAUGAUACUCAACCAAUAGUGAAUCCGGAAAGAAGUCAAGCAGUAUCAGCGAAAUUCAAUAGAAGACGAAGAAAAACAAAGAGAAAUCGAAAUAAGAAAAAAAAUAAUAAUGCACAAAUCGUCCAACAAUUAACAAAUGAAAAUGAAUCAACUAUUAUUGAUCAUGAAGAAGCAUGGAGACGUCAUGUAGCUAUGCAAUUACAAUUUAGUUUUUUAAAAGGAUCGAAUCCUAUUUUACGUGCAUUAACAGCUGAAGCACAUAAAAAAUUAGGUGUUAGUCAAGACGAUAUCAAUGAUUUUCAAUUCGAUGAUGAAAUGAUGGAUUAUGAAACUGCACUUAUAUUACAACAACAACAAGAAUUUUUAGCUGCUGCUGCUGCUAAUCCAUUCAAUGUUUUACAUAAUGCUGCAGCUGGUAGUUCAUCAUCUCGACCUAAUUUAGUUGAUGUUCUUUCGAAUCUAAAUGGUGGUAGAACGCCAUCAUCAAGUGAACCACAAACACCUAUGGGUCUAUUACAAAAGUUCUUUCUUGAUGCAAAUAAUAAUGCAAAUGCUGAACAUCGUGGUCUUAAUGAUUUAUCAACUACUCCACCACCUCGAGAUAUAUCUAUUGGAAAGAAAAUUGUUGAAUCAUUAACACAUCAAGAUAUCAAUGCUCUAUUAAAAUUAAGUGGAAGUGAACAUGAUGAUGAUGAUGAAGAUGAUUAUGAUGAUAAUCAAUCAUUUGAUGGUGAUACAGAUGACGAUACAAAUAAUUUUUCUAUUGAUGAUGAUUCAAAUGAUGUACCAAAUGGUAAUAAUAAUAGAAAUUAUGAACGUUGGGAACGUCCAACACCUGCUCCAUCGCGUGCAACACAAUCAUCUAGUAUAAAUAAUAAAAAAUCAACUAUGGAAACAUUAAUAUUACCAAGUUUUAAUCGUUGUACACAUUUAGGAAAAUCAACAAAACGAUCAGGUGGUGUUGAACGUAUGUUUCCGUCAUUUUCGAAACAUAAUGCUGGUCCAUCAUCAACACUUAGUUUAAUCCUUUAUGGAUUAUCAUCAACUCCUUGA